CAGACAACCAAGCUAACAAACACAGAAAAUUCUUAACAAAUAAAAAAAAGUCUGAUUCCAAGAAUCUUUGGCGAUCGACGAAGCAGCAGCACGUUUGAUCCAUUCUCAAUGGACGUGUUCAAUUCGUUCAAGGAAUUAGGCUUCCCAAUUUCCAAUUCAGGAGAGACCUCUGCAUUUGCCAACACUCGAGUCGACUGGAAGGAAACUCCAGAGGCUCAUGUGUUCAAGGCUGAUCUUCCAGGGCUUAAAAAGGAGGAAGUGAAAGUGGAGAUCGAAGAAGAUAGGGUUCUUCAAAUUAGCGGAGAGAGGAAUUUGGAGAAAGAAGAUAAGAAUGAUAAGUGGCAUCGUGUAGAACGCAGCAGUGGGAAAUUCAUGAAAAGAUUUAGACUUCCGGAGAAUGCGAAGAUGGAUCAAGUUAAGGCUUCUAUGGAGAAUAGAGUGCUUACUGUUAUUGUUCCAAAGGAAGAGGUAAAAAAGCCUGAUGUCAAGUCCAUUGAGAUCUCUGGGUAAAAAUAAAUCUGUGAAUUAAGUAUGGGCAAAUAAAUAACUGAAUCCAUUGUGUCUGUUGAAGAUUUGAAGUUACUCUGUUUAUUCUGGUCCAAAUUC